UAAAAAAAAUGCCAAGUACGUUAGUUUUAACAGACAUUAAGCAAAAGAGGAAAGCAGAACUCGUAGAAUUUGCACAAAAGUUGGGCGUUGAGACAGAACAACUUAACAGAAUAGAUUUAAUUGAUAACAUUAAAAAGCAUAUGCAAAAGAAUGAAGAUAAACUUAAGGAUGACGCGGAAUACGCACAAUACUUCGGUGAUCGUAAAAAAUCGAGAAAAUCAGUUGCCGUAAACGAUGAAGUAGAGGAUGAUGGAGAAUCACUCGAUUCAAGCGCUACUGGACGUGCAACAACACCUGCUAUUCAACAAUUCAGAGAGAAAUCCGUUGACGUAAUCCACACCUCCCCAAAGAGAGUCGCCGACUUUAUAGAAGAUGGUGCCGCUAAUGCUGUACACGAAAUUGAAAGUGAAGCUAAUCAAUUAGUUGAAAAAUUAAGUCAAAACGCGAUCAAGUUACGUAAUUGCACAAAGGAUACUGUCAACAAGAUGCAAAAUUGGUUAAGUGAUAGUCAACACUUACUCUUGGUUGGGUUGUUAAUUGAGUUCUUGGUUGUACUCUACUCAAUCACUCCAAUCCGUAUACAUCGUAUCGACAUACCUGAACAGGUACAAAAAUAUACUACAGAUUCAAUCAACUUGAAGCUUCCAUACGCAAAAUCCCUCCUCAGUCCACCUUUCGUCAACCCAUUGAAAAAGUACUUUAUUUACAGCUUAAUCGUACCAUUCAUCCCUUCAGUUUUCAUCAACUUCGACAAAAGAGGAUUUUCACCAUUGACUUUCACAUUAGUUAGAUUAUCCUUGAUAGUCAUCUUUAACAGCCAAUCUUCAAUUGAAUCUUACUUUCCAUUGAAAAUUGAAUUGGCUUUGGUAUCUUUAUUGGCAUCAUUCAGUUUAGUUGAGUUGUUGUCAAAAUCACGCAAAUAAACGUGUAAAUCUAUUAUGUAAAAUGGAAACACUUUCACUUUCACUUCAUUUCAAGAUCUUUACUUAAUAUAAUUAGUUGUUGUUAUUAUUUGUACAUUUU